AAUAAGAAUGCACUAUAAGAAAUCAAUGAAUCGGAAAUGAAUGUCGCUGAUUAAUUAAACCACAUUGUAAUCAGCAUCACAUGGGGGAGUGAUAUCACGUGAGUGAAAUGAAGUACAUGGUAUUGAACCGAAUAUGACACCGUAUCAACCCACUUAAACCAGCGCGAUUACGCAUAGUUGUGUGUGGUUUACAUGAGGGAUAUUACAAUAUGAUACCAGCUAUUUCAUUACGUCAACGCUGAACUGACCGGAACUCUAUACACUUAUAGCAUUGCGUCAACUCUGAACUGACCGGAACCAAAACAAAAUACCUCCAGUCAGAGAAACAGAAAGCUGAAUCCCGGCCAGUUGGAGUUGGAGAGGCCCGGCCGCAUGGCAGAUAUACAAGUGGACUUAGAGUCGAUGGACGUGGAGAAGAUUGGAGGUCUCGGGAUCGUGACAUGCGCAGUGUUUAUCGUGGGGGAGAUAGCCGGCUCCGGGGUCCUCGCUCUCCCAGCCGCAGUUGAGGGCUCAGGAUGGACCGGUCUCGCCUUGAUGGUGUUGUGUGCCCUUGUGUCCGCCUACACCGGAAAUAUCCUGGGGAAGGCAUGGCUUAUUGUGCGGAAAAGAACGCCUGAAUACCAGACGGGUCACGUGAGGUAUCCAUACCCCGCCAUUGGUCAGGCGGCGUUUGGCGUGUUCGGAAGACGCUUAGUGUCUAUAUCUAUCGACUUCACGCUGUUUGGCGUGGGUGUCGUGUUCCUCAUCCUCGCCUCCAUGAACAUCGGCAACCUUCUGGCGCCGUACUGGGCCGACGCCAACGCCUGCUAUAUCAUGCCCAUCGUCGCCUUCUGUCUGCUGCCCGUCGCUCUACUGGGAACGCCCGCGGACUUUUGGUUUGUGGCGGUCGGAGCCACAUGCGCCACGGGAGUGGCGUGUGUUAUAUUGGUUGUGCUGAUCGCCAUUGACGGACACCACCAGAAGGAAGAGGGCUUCGAGAUCGUCCAUCGCGAGGUGACCUUCACAUCGUUUUCUGUCGCGUUCGGCACCAUCUGCUUCGCCUUCGGUGGCCACCCGGCCUUCCCCACCUUCCAGGCUGAUAUGAAGAAACAGUCGAACUUUGGAAAAGCCGUGCUACUGGGAUACUUUAUCGUCCUGAUGAUGUAUUUCCCCGUGUCGCUGGCUGGGUUCACCAAUUACGGUCAUAUAAAGGACAAUGUGCUGGACACUGUCCCUGCUGGCGUCGCCCACACCAUCGUGUCCAUCCUUAUCAUUGCUCACCUCAUGCUCGGCUUCGUCAUCGUCGUCAACCCCUUCUGCCAAGAGAUCGAACACCUUUGUAGGAUACCAACAAACUUUACGUACAAGCGGGUAAUAUCGCGGACGGCAGUGGUGGUGGCUGUGUUAUUCGUUGCAGAGUCGGUACCCCACUUUGGCAACAUCCUGGCACUGGUGGGCGGGUCAACGACGACAUUGCUCGCAUACAUUUUACCCUCACUCUUCUACAUGAAGCUCUGCAGACAGAAACCGUUAUCCCUGGACGACUGGGAACCAGAACCGGAAGUUCCUCUUCACACGAAGGUUUUUAACUACGAGAUCGUGGUUGUGGGGUUUAUAGCGGGAAUCGCCUCCACCUACUCGGCCCUGGAGAGCCUCAUCAGUGACAAGUUCACCGUGCCAUGUUACAUCAGCCCGACCAGAGCGCUAGGAAAUACUUGAGAGUUGGAACUUGUGAAACAUUUGUCUGUGAUAUUGAUAUUAUUAAAUGUGUCAUUUG